CCGGACGGCUGCCGUUAGCGUUGCUGUGAGUGGUCCGUUGCCUUGUCAAUCAUCGAGGUUGCUACAUUUCCUGUGUAACAGAGCGAGCUGUGUGAGGCUGCUGGAGUUUAAUUCUUGAAGGCAAUGGUUCGUUUUAAAUCUAGGUACCUCCUGUGCGAGAUAGUGUUUGAGAACCCACAGUUCCGGCAGUGUGUUGAGGAGAGAAACGUCUAUAAAACAGUUAAAGAUGUAAUCGUUCGAGCGCAUGGUGACUUUGGGUUUGGCUGUUGCUCAUUAUCCCUGGCAGUCAAGUACUUAAAUGCCUACACAGGGAUAGUCUUAUUAAGGUGUCGAAAAGACUUCUACCGACUGCUGUGGUCAGCCUUGCCAUUUAUCACCUACCUGGAGAACAAGAACCAGAAAUACCCAUGCUUUUUUAACACGUUACAUGUGGGAGGUACCAUCCGAACCUGCCAGAAGUUCCUCGUCCAGUAUAACCGCAAACAGUUGCUGCUUCUCAUGAAAGACUGUAAAACUAAAGGGGAGAGGGAGUCUAUUCAAAGAUCUAUCUUGAGUUGCUCUCUAAAGGAAUUGGAGGGAGAUCAGUCAAAGUACAGAGCUGAAGAACUGCAGGGAGCAGACUGAUUAAAUGCCUUAUGGAAAUACAUCAUUGGAUAAGAGUGAAGAACUGCACAGUGUAAAUACUUCUUCCCACCUCCCCUGUACAAUCAAGGUGUUUGGCUGUAAUACAAACUGCUUAAGAUUACACGUUAAUCUUCAGCUCAGGCUUAUAGAGCUAAGAUCCAUGAAUAGGUGUAAAGAGCAAACUAUUACACUAUUCCCAUUUUUGAGAAUCUCCUGACUUCAUUACAAGGAUGUCUUGUUGGUACAGUAUUGGAAUAUGGAUAAAGGAACCCACCUGAACAUUUCUGCAGCAAUUUCAACAGUUCAUACCAAUAAGGAACAUAGCUCAGUCAUAUGGAUUCAAAAUAUUAACUGUUGCUCUCCACACGUGCUGUUAUACCUACUGAGUUUUUCUAGCAUAUUCUGUUUUUGUAUCAAUUAAAGUUAGUCCAACACCCCAUUGCCUAAGUCUUGCCUCGCUCAUCCAUCGUUCCUGUCAUUGGAAGCUGGUUCUGUUGGACACGGCCCUAUCCAGGAAUAUGGAAAAGCUAGCACUGGUCUGCAGUGGUUGGAAGGACUUGAGUAUUGCUUUGUUCAUUUGCUUUCCAUGUUUGAAAGACAUAGUGCUAAAGAGACAAUCUGCUAACAAGGCUUAUGGCAGGAAAAAAAAUGCCUGUUUUUGUGGGAAAGCAGGGGAGGUCACCAGCACUGUUUUAUAGGAAUCUCAAUGUAAUUGCUACUUAUAGAAUGUGAGUAAAGUUACCUAGAACAUACUGCAGUUUCAUAAAUUUGUUAAUCCUGCCUUGUGUACAAACUAUUGGAUUAAAACAGCUACAAAAUGAAA